UCGGACACAGUGAGGGAAGGAGAGAGAGAGAGACAGAGGAGAGGGCCUAUUCCAAAGUACAAACUGAAAGCUGCGGAUGCUGUAGACAAAAAAAACAGUAGUUGCUGGAAAAGCUCAGCAGCAUCAGUGAAGGAAAGCCCAGAGUGAAGGUUUCGGGUCCGGUGACCCUUCUUCAGAGCCCAGGUGCAUUCCCGGUUUGUAGGUGAGCCCGGAAUGAGCUGGAUAUUCCCACUGGACAGAGAGCAGUGAGAGAGGGAGAGAGAUAAAUUGCCUGCCUCCGGGAUGAAGCCCUCCCUGCUGGGUGACUCUGUCCUGCUACUCCUGCUGUGGCCAGUUUGCUGUCAGCUGGAAUCUCGGGCUCAAGCUGAGGAGCGGCUGCUGAAAACUCUCUUCACUGGCUACGACAAACUGUCCCGACCUGUGAUCAACUCUUCGGACACCGUGCUCGUCCAUUUCGGCUUGUCGAUUGCACAACUUGUGGAUGUGGAUGAAAAGAAUCAAAUGAUGACCACUAAGGUCUGGAUCAAACAGGAAUGGCAUGAUUUUAAACUCUGCUGGAAUCCCACAGAAUAUGGGAACAUCACCUCAAUAAGAGUCCCAUCAGAGUUUCUCUGGAGACCAGACAUUGUCCUCUACAACAACGCUGAUGGAGACUUUGCCAUCACCCACUUGACCAAGGCCCACCUGUUCUACAGUGGCAGGAUCAAGUGGACUCCCCCUGCUAUCUACAAGAGCUCCUGCAGUAUUGACGUGACCUUCUUUCCCUUUGACCAGCAGAACUGUACCAUGAAAUUUGGAUCAUGGACCUUCGACAAAGCCAAGAUAGACCUGGUGAGCAUGGCCAGACAUGUGGACCAGCAGGACUACUGGGAAAGUGGGGAAUGGGUCAUUAUCAGCGCAGUCGGGAAUUACAACAUCAAAAAGUAUGAAUGUUGUAGAGAAGUCUACUCGGAUAUUACCUACUCCUUCCUAAUAAGGCGCCUUCCUCUGUUCUACACCGUCAACCUCAUCAUUCCCUGUUUGCUUAUAUCGUGUUUAACUGGUUUGGUCUUUUACCUGCCCUCAGAUUGUGGAGAAAAGAUCACACUUUGUAUCUCCGUGUUGCUUUCCCUGACUGUCUUCCUUCUCCUUAUAACAGAGAUUAUUCCUUCCACAUCCCUUGUUAUCCCUCUGAUUGGGGAGUAUCUUCUCUUCACGAUGAUCUUUGUCACACUAUCCAUUGUUAUCACUGUAUUUGUGCUGAAUGUUCACCAUCGCUCCUCCCACACACACACCAUGCCACCUUGGGUGCGAAAGAUUUUUCUGGAUUUCGUUCCUCGCAUUCUCUUCAUGCAACGGCCCACAGCUAAGAUCACAAACUGUGAUGAACUGGUUGCGCCAAUUCAUGAAGCCUUGAACUCCUCAACUUACCCUCCCGAAACUAGGGAGGAGAAACUCCAAAUCUUCGCCCGAGGAUCAGACCAACAAACAGGUACUGACCCACCAUUGAUGACUCCACGUCAUCUUCAGGAAGACCAAGGGAAACCCAAAAUAAUAUGCCCAUCACAAUCGAGUCAGUAUAGCAUUUUGCAGGAGGACCGUGCACAACCUCACUAUCCAUGUUCUUCACCCAACAACCUCCCUCACCACCACAUCAAGGAACAGCCAAGCCCUCGCUCCAGAGGGAGAUCAUCGAGUCUUCAAUAUCCUUACAAGCAGGAUGAUCUGCCAGAGACCAAUGCCCAGUGUAGGUCCCGCAGGAUCCAGUACAGCCAUCUGCAUGAGGAUCUACCCUGCUCGAAUGGGCAGCCCAGACCAAGAGACACUCAGGGAGGCUGUGAGAAUGGAAAUGCCUCCCAGUCAGCUCCAUCUUUGAGUAAAGCCAAAUGUGGAGGCAAGUCCAAGAGAGCAGCCUCCAGCACAAAGCGAGAGUCAAAAGUAGCCAAGCCCAAACAACAGCAGAAAGCAACGUUAACUCCAGCUAUGAAGUUGGCAGUGGAAAGUGUUCAUUAUAUUGCGAACCACUUACGAACGGAGGAUGCUGAUUUCCUAGUGAAGGAAGACUGGAAGUACAUUGGCAUGGUGAUUGACCGUAUCUUCCUGUGGAUAUUUAUUUUAAUUUGCAUACUGGGAACGCUGGGUCUCUUCCUGCCUCCUUGGAUGGCAAGAAUGCUGUGAAAUUAAAGGACAUCAACAAGCACAAGGCAAGAAAAACCUGUUCGAUGAGAGUGAUGGGACUGUUACUUCAAUCUCCAUCUCCACCCCUUGGCCACUUCUCAGCUGUCAGAGACUAUUUUAAGAAAGAUAAGAGUUGUCUGGUCAAGAAAAGUAUCAUUUUACUCUUCUGUAGAUGUUAGGCAUCACAGCUAUUAUAUUGCAGCUGUUAAAACAUGUACAAGCAGAACCGAGAGAUUAAAACUGGGAGGGCUUUCUUUAGAAAGUCAGAAGUCACAGGUUAUAGGUUAUAGUCCAACAGGUUUAUUCGAAAACACAAGCUUUUGGAAUGCAGCCCCUUUUUCAGGUGAAGUCACUAUAACCCGAUGUCGUGUGAUUUCUGACCUUGUCCACCCCAGUCCGACACCGGCACCUCCACUUCUUAAGAAAGGAGGAGGCCAAAAGGAGCAAUCUUUAAGAUUAUGAAAGGACUCAAUGGGUUAGACAUAGAAAAGGUGUUAUCACUCGUGGGCAGGACCAGAAAUAAGACCCACAAUAGAAUAUUCUCACCAAUAAAUCCAACUGGAAUUCAGGAGAAACUUCUGUACUAAGAGUCAUGGGAAUGUGGAACUCAGCACCACCGAGCGUAGUUCGGGUGAUCUAGCAGAUAUAUUGAAUAAAUACAUGAGUAGAAAAUAAAGGGAUUGGAAUAUAUAUUGAUAAGGUGUGAUACUGAGGAGGCUCAUCUAUAGAAUCGGCAUGGAUCAGUUGGGCUGAAUGACCUUAGUGCUGCAAAAUCUAUGAAAACCACAACAGCAAAGAACAAACAAUCCACUUUGGAAUGAAAUACAUAGAAACAUAAAAAAAUAGGGGCAGGAGGAGGCCAUUCAGCCCAUUGACCCUGCAGUGCCAUUUGAUAUAAUCAUGGCUGAUCAUUCAGCUCAACCUCCUGUUCCUGCUUUCUCCCCAGACCAUUUGAUCCUUUUCGACCUAAGAACUGUAUCUAACUCCUUCUUGGAAAUAUUCAAUGUUUUGGCCUCAAUUGGUCUCGGGUGGGGGGAGAGAAUUCCACAGGAUCCCCACUCUCUGGGUGAAGGCAUUUCUCCUUAACUCUGUCCUACCCCAUGUCCUUGCACUGUGGCCCUGUUUCUGGCCUCUCUAUUAGGGAGGGGAAUUAAAGUUAGUGGGGGGUGGGUAGAUGGGAAUGUGGAAUUCAAAACAUGAACAGAUCUUCUGUGAAUGGGAGAGCAGGAUUGAGGAGCAGAAUGGCCUAUUCUGCUCCCAUUUUCCAUAUUCACCUGCAUGUUUAAGACUUGGUAGCUAGUUAUGUACAUCUGAGUUGCAUAAUAUUUCUUGCCCAACCUCAGGCUUGAUGCUGAAUAGCAUCUUUUGCACUGUAGGGAUUCUAUGAUUCCAAGAUUCCAGACUUACGAGUAAUUAUGUAUUAAAAUUAGCAGCAUAAUAUGAUAAAACAAAGAACUGCGGAUGCUGGAGAUCUGAGACAAAAACAAAGUACUGGAGAAACUCAACAGGGCCGGCAGCAGCUGCGGAGAGAAAUUGCAUCAAUGGCUUUUGUCCAGUGACCCUUCUUUAGAGCUGACAUAGACUUAGCGUGCAACAAUUGGUUAGCUCCUCCCAGCACCAGUCCACAAUAACCUGAAGCGUGGAGUUUAUCUUGUAAUGACUGUGAUGCCUUUCAGGCCCUAUGGGUUUCGAUAACAGAGGCGUGCUGAGGGAGGCUCGAGUGCACGGAGUUACAGUCUGACACACAGAGUGAACAGUUGGCAUCAUCGCAGCAGUUUACAAUCACAACCUUGCUGUUUUUCAGCUUCAUAGCAAAGUCCCCAUCAGAUGUUGUCACUGCUAGUUAUGGUUGUGAAUAAAAGUCAUUGCUUUUUACCCUA